AGUUUCUGAGCUUACGGCCGUUUCGGCAUUUCCCUUAAUAAAUAAGACCAUCUUCUCCCAUUGUGAUCUUGGCCUGAGCACUCAGUUAGCGUAUGUGCUAACGAGAUCAUCCGGCGCCACCUAAGUGUACGUUAUUUUGCUCUGGAGAACAACUGUUUAUUUACAGCGCAGCGGAAGUGUCAACCUCUGUGUCGUCAAGCUGCGGCAGCUGCAUCUGUAGGUGUCUGUUGUAUUGCGUUGGUGAUUAUAGUCGUGCGGACAGAGUCGGAGAAAUUCCGUGCGCUUAACGCGAGGCUGGGGCUCAACAGGAAGCAUGGAUUUCAUUUCUAACAUUUGGAAGAACACAACGAAAGGAGCGGAACCGCAAGCGAAGGCUGCGGAGUCGGCGGAGGGUGGCGAUGCGUCAGACAACAAACCCACCAACGAAGCCACUCAUGAGCCUCAACCAGCAGCACCGUCCAAAGAAAGUGGUGGGGGCAGCGAUUCAAGCUCGACGUCCGGGCCGGACAGUGAUGCUCCUCCGAGUCCUGAAAAGCCGAAACCAGCGGCCAGUGUUGAGCCUUCGAAUGACAAGGGCCACUUGGGGACGGGCAUCUCUAUUCCGCUCGAAAAUGUGUCACAAAAGGCGAUGGAAUCUGCGAAAUCAUUCGGAAGCUUCCUCUAUUCUGUGGCGAACAAGGCUGGGAAAACUGUGCAAGAGACGGCCAAGCAGAUCAAAACAACAGUCGAAGAGAAUAGCAUCCUGGCAGACUUUAAUCGUGAGCAGGAGACCUUUGUGAAGUGCAAGCAGAGGUGUGACACUGGAAUCUUGCCCUGGGUUGGAUGUGAAGAUGAAGAAAAUGUGAAGCAGCAGAUACUGACCCUGUCAGCUGACAAAAGAAAUUUUGUGCGAAGUCCGCCAAGUGGAGUUCAGUUUGAAUUUGACAUGGAUACCAUGUCGCCCAUUGCCAUGGCAUUGCUCCAAGAGGACCCCGACCUGGAGAAAAUGAGAUUUGAACUUGUCCCAAAAUGGAUUCCUGAAAUUGACUUUUGGAGGAACUAUUUCUACCGUGUCUCACUUGUCAAGCAGUCAACACAGCUAAGUGUGCUCAGUCACGGCAAGGGUGCUGGAAGCAGCAGCAGUGGUGACACUUCGUCAGUCUCAUCGCGGCAGAGUCCAUCUGACGAAAGCAACAAACAGAACUUGGCGGCUGGAGAUGAUGACGAAGCACUGGACAGCCCAACCCAUGAAUUUGUCUCGGACACCUUCCAAGGAACCAAGAUCUCCGAGGAGGAAGUCAAGCUUGGCAUGAAACAACUUGGCAUGGGAGACAAAGCAGAUGACGAAUGGGAGAAGGAGCUUCAGCAGGAGCUGCAAGACUAUGAGGUGGUGGCAACGGACACAGCCGCACAAGUUGAUGAUCCCGAAUGGGAGAACGAAAUCCAGGAGAUGCUGGCAGCCCAGAAGUAGGCCUGCCAUGCGCUGCCUUCUCCCUCCAGCCACCUUUUCCGAGGAACACAUUCUGGGGCAGAGCCGCUAUGGCCCCUCCACCAAACGGCACAAGGGCGGGUAAUUCAGGGUGCCCAACUGUCUGCUGCCACGCUAGUCUCAUUUAUGUUGUGCGUGCAUCUUUUGAGCUUGUGCAUGGGUGUGUCUGCAGAGUUGCACUGCUUCGUUACACAUCAUGCAGCUUUGAGCAGCAACCACAUGCAAUAUCUUUUCGACAUAUUUUCGGCCUGACGCAGGCUGUCAUCAACGCGUUCAUUUUGUUCUGUGCAACGACCGCACUGUAGUGCCGACCACAGUGCAUGUGGCGUGGUUACUAACUGAAAAGGAUAUCCAUGGCAUGCAUUUUGACUCUGAUAACAGCACAGUUCUCACAGCGUGAAGUUGCCAUCACAACGCUAAGUACCACCACGCCGUAAAGACGCUGGAAAUGUACUUCAUGUGGUUGCUGCUUUAUGUUUUUGAUGAUUGGAGAGGCUUAAUAAGCUUCGAGUGUGUUACAUUUUCUGUAGCCUCAUCUUUUGCUGUGAAGCAGCUGCAAGAUAUUGGAAGUCUGUGUGAGCUCGUUUGUCAAUGUGAUUGUUGUGGUACCUUGCAAUGGAGAGUACCGUGAGCUGCCAAGUCCAUGGUACACCCUGUAGGGGGUACCACGGGGUACCAUUUGUGUGUGAACUAGGUUCCCAGUUUUGGCAGUACCGCUCCUCUUUCUUGCCUUCUCUCUAUGGAAUGUGUUGUGGGCACAAAACGCAAAGACUGUCUUCCAGUCGCUCAUUAAGGAAAAAAGUCUUUAGGAGCAAGCUGUAGCAGACAGUUUAUAGAGAAUAGUAAUACAGCUUGUUGUAGAAGCUCAUGUAGUGAAUGGACAGGUUCUCUGUGUAGACAUUUUGGUUGGUAUCAAAGCAGAUAAGUUUAUGCUGCUGUGGACUAGAGGUCAAUUGGAGUCAUUUUCUAUCUUUUGUUUUGUAUGUUGUGUUCAAGCCCUUAUGCUAUGUACCCAGAGCUUUCGUCAUGUCCAUUUACUAAGAGAAAGAAAUAUAUAAAGCGCCUGUGAUGCACAGAUGUGAGUGUCUGUAUGUGUGUUAGAAUUGUUAAUGAAUUUCUUGGUGGCUAUUCCUUGUUUUUAUUAUAUACAUAUAUAUAUAUCUACAGUUCUUUAAUGGAAGCAACCUACAUUUUGGCACCUUUGUUCAGUGUUGUUUCAUCACCCAUGUCGUAUGUCACAUAGUCAGCAGAAUAAAGCUUUUUUUCUUUUAUGAUGUAUGGCACACGUUAUACGCCUAGCACUAUCAAGGGCCUAAGCUGCAUAGCACAUGUGAAACAAAAUAUGAAAGACACCAGCAUUGAUGUCCGGUGUAAGUCAACUUAGAGGGAAUAUAGUAGACUCCUUUUAAGACUACCUCUGUAGAGUUGAAUCCACUGGUAAGUGAAACAUUAGUUUGGGGAGCUUCGUUCGGGUUCUUACAGAUGCAACGCACUUCACACUUCUAACGUAUCAGACAAAUUUCUCAAGUUUAUUUUUAUGUUUGUCCUAAAGGGGCCCUAAGCACUCUUUAGAAUAAAGGUGUGGAAUGUGUCUGGUAAUAAAGAACCUUCUAUGUGGGAAUAUUUUCUGAAAGAAGUAUUGCACUUCAUACAACUGUAGUCGUCAACAAUCAAAUGCCGCCCAUGGCACACCUUUGUAACCUUCCUUACCUUUUCAUUCUGUGUUGGAAGCUGUGCCAAUGUGGAGCAGUGUCACUUGCUCCACUCACCAUUGAAGUGUGCCUAGCUAUCAGCAUGGCUUUUGAGAUUGGUUCGUUACAACACCUGAUGCCAUAGUUCAGCACUGCGAUAUUGUUUUUUGUCACUACAUAGCACCAUUCUGAAUCGCUCAUGAGAUCUUGGUUCUUGGUGCUGGCCGGAGGCACUGCUUAGUUGUGACAUCUAAAGGAAUCCGGCCACUAGCCAUCGUGUUUAUUGGUGUGUCACAGCUACCAAAAAAAAUGACGGGGGUCUUCAAAAAAAAAAAAUUAGCGUAGCUUGCACUGGAGGCACAAUGAUAAAGAGACAACGGAGCUGAUGGGCACCUAGCUAGUCCUGGCUUUUGGGCUAGCUAAGUACUACCAAGUCAUCCCCAGCAUUUUCUGGAAUUUAUUGAUUAUUGAUCGAUUAUCGAUGAACUAUUGAUUGGCUAUCAAUUGACUAUCGCAAGGCAUUGGCCAGGUAUUUGGGCUAGGCUAAGCACUACCAAGGCAUCCCCAGCAUUUCCCGGAAUUUAUUAUUUGCCGAUUAUCGAUUAGCUAUCGAUUGGCUAUCGAUGACGGACUAAGGUUAAGUAGUCCCAACCGUGCUUAGCUAGACUUAGCCAGGCUCAGCUUUGCUAGUUCACAUGGGUAUGUGCCAUUGCGCUUGAAUCCUUUCUGCACUACCGCCAGGAUCGGCCCACAUUUUCUGUUCGCGGUUGACACAUUACGCCCGGCUUAAACAGCUCCGCUGUUAAAAUUGCAGGAAAUGGUGAGUGUGCUUUAUGAAAAAAAUAUUGUUGGCUCUUUUCCGCAUGUGCAGGGGUAUAAUUUAGCUUAGGUGUUUAUGGUAGUAUUUAGCAGUGUCUAGGCAUGUUCAAAAAGUGUUCAAGGGCCCCUUUAAAGAGCGUCUACUGUGUCAGUCAUUGUAUUCUUUGCAGAGACUGAAAAAAGUAUUUUAUUUAGUUGUAGACAAAGGAAUUUGGCUGGUGGCUUGUUCCGAAAAUAGGAGUUGCAGAACAUACACAGAAGCAGCCAUUUCUUUCAUCAUAAUCUGUUGCCCUUAAGAGCUUACAGUGGUCGACCUCAGCUUGCACAGCUAAUAUAGGUAAUGCUGGUUAUGUGUUGUUCUAGUGCUUGCCCAGCUCUGCUUUUGUAGCUUGCCAAGUGUGCAUGAUUUAUUCCAAGCUUUAGUUGCAUUUUUGUGCUGUGCUCAAGAUAACGCCACAUGGGAAAAGCAUGCUGAUUUAAACUGUACAUCUGCAAAAAAAAAAUUUUUUUUAAUGUGUAAAAGCAUGCUAUAUUGGAAUAAAGUUGCAUGUUCUACUAAAUCCUAAGACAACUUAUUGGCUGUCAUUUAGGUUGACAACCUGGCUAACCUUUUCACGCUUGGCACCAUACUGCUUGGCAUAACGUUUGUGCUUUCUUUUUUCUUGCUGUUUAUUUUGUAGUGUAAAUUGCUUGAAAAGGAAAACAAUGCAUAAAUAGAUGUGGAAUAUCUUGAGGGCAGUAAAAAUAGAAUGGUAGCAGGUUCCUCCUUGUGUGGUUCACUUUCUUUCACUGCUAUAAAUUCAGCAAUUGUUCCUGCACUGCAGUAAACUUGAGUAGCUUCUUUUUUUUUUUUUUUUUGUCGGUUAAUUCUGUGCUUGUUCAAUGUUUUAUACAAAACGUCAGGUGGCAAGCUAAUAGCAUUUUAACUCCUCUGUAUCUACAGCUUGGGUGUAUACAUCACAAUAUUGAUAUGAAAUUUCUUUACGGCCACUGGAAAGCAUGGGACUAGAUGCUGUGCUCAAGAGGGCCCAUCUCUACAGCUUGCUUAUUUGCAUGAAUAUAGCCCAGUAACCCCCCUCUCCCCCCUGUGCAUUUUGCACAUCACUGUGUGGCAAGCUAAACCACCAGGCAAAUAGGCUGUGCAGGAAAAAAAGAACCUGUCAAUGCACUCGCAAAAAAGACUGCCUUACAAGCAUGAAGUGGGUGCAGGUCUUCAAGGACAGUGUGGUUUUCAUGGCUCUAUCUCGUACUGCAUUGCAUGCUUGCACGGGUGUCGUAUGUCUGAAGGUUGUCCAUGACAGGCAUGCAUUUCUCUGGUGGAGUGCACACCAUGCUACUAUGCUGAAAGGUUGGUUGUUUGUUGUGAUCAUAAUAAUUUCUUUUACUUCGUUUUCCAAGAAGUCAAAAGUUCUCAAUUGCAUCAUAUUUGUUCACAUACAGUAAUGCUGUUCAACGCUGUUAUUAGCCUACCUUGGAUCAAAAGCUGCAUGUGAAAUGGAAUAGCAAGAGGACUUGGCAGUCUCUCCAAGCCAGCUUUUGCUUAAAAUGACUAAAGUGCAAAGAUGUAGAAAGAUUUGUUGAGACAUAGAUGAGCACCUUUCAUUUUAUGUUGCAAUAUGGUGGCAUCUUGUGUUGAAAAGAGACUACUUGGAGCGUAAUCACAUGGUUGUAUGGUUGUGGUAAUGUCAGCCAUCCUGCAUUGCAGGUCCCUUGUUCAAAUGUUUGGAGGACCCACAGAUUAUCAUUGAUUGAAGAGCUAGGACUUUGCUGUGACCCGCACAAUGUGAGGGAUACCACAAAGUUACAAAGGUCUGACUUUAGGCCAUGCUAUGAAGUAAACCAUUUGUGUGAGCUCUUCAUGGUGUACUUGUUCGAAACGACUACAUGGUACCUUCUGUGGGAUGCCUUGUUUCGAUUUGCAAGAGCAGGUGCCUUUGAACACAGCAUCUUCUCUUAGCAGUCAUGUAUAUUGCCUGUACAUUUAAAUGUUUUAAAGAAAAAUCAUGUUGAUGCCUGUAUACUGUAAUGGUGUAAGCUUGGUUUCUUAUAAUCCCUAGUGUCAGCGGGGUCCUUGUUUGUUUGUGUUGCAAUUUUUGCUUGCAUGUUUUUUCGCAUUGCUUGUUGGAGUGUGUAAAGUACUGGACACACCCCAGAUAUAUAUGCAAUGAGAGUCGGAGUUAUCUUUCUCCUUUGCGCCCCAAUUGAAGGCACAGCAAAGUAUUGUGCAGCACAACAAUAAGCAUGAAUCUUGAACAUAAGGACCACUGAAAUUCAGAUUUACAUAUAGUAUGCUGUAAAGGGUAAAAAACAAGACGGUGCUGAAGGUAUUUUUCAUGCAGUUGAAUUACCUGUGGUGCACAAUGUGCCAUGUCACUUGACUGCCUUUACAAUUUCAAAGCAAAUGACAAGGUACUACAUUUCACUUGAGGCUGUCUGUAUGGGCUAAGAUGAGUGCUGAUGCCACACCUUGAAAAGUAACAAUGUCCACCAGGAUCCGCAAAAUGUCAGCAUAGCUUGAUUAAACGUGAACCUUUAGCAUGCAUCAUGUGACAAUUAAACUCUAGCAAAAAGGUAAUGUCUACAUCUACUGUAUGUGCUUGGUACUGGAGAAGACAAUGGGGUUUUAAGCAUUCCUAUUUACUUUGUGGGUUUGGAAAGCUUGACUGGAUGCGUAUGCUGCUGUUAGACACAUUGUGCAAUGAAUGUACCUAUGUUUAUAAAUGGGAUUAUUACAGGUGCCCCUAAAGCGUAUACCU